CGAUGAUGUAUCAACCUCUCCUGAUAAGACGGAAUAUUUGGUUGUUACACAUAAAUAAUACUCAAACUACAGGUGUACAGAGACUGCUCGCUUCUCCGCAGUAAGGUUGGCACGAUGGCCCAGUCAUCAGACAACAAGGUUCUGGUCCUGGGUGUGUUGGCUGGAGCGGCUGGCCUCAGCCUGGGCGCCGUGGCAUUGUACAACAGCCGGAGGGCCAUGCCACAGAGUGGACACAGUGAGCAGUACCUCAGCAGUAAUGACCAGCGGGCGGCUGGAGCCAGUAUGGUGGUGGGGGGAAUGCUGGGUCAGGCUGAGGUUCUAGAUCGUCUCGGAGCCCUGAUCCAGUGUGUGUCAGAACUGAAAGAUGAGGUUCGGGCGCUAAAGAGUGCCAUCCCAAAGCUGCAGGAACACGUGAGGGAUGAGCUGAGAGGACGCAGCGGCGUGGCCGAGGGGGGCGUGGCUCGCAUCAGGGCAGGCCCACCAAACCGCACUAUACCCACACGCAGGAGGAGAGUAGCCAGAGCUGAAGGCCUAAGCUCGGAGGAGGGGGCUGAGAGUGAAGGAGGGUACAUUACGGCUCUGACAGACUCUGAGGAAGAAGAGAAGAGUGAGGCUGAUGAGAGUCAGGAGGAAGUGACAGUGAUCGAGCCUCUGGACGAGUUCUCAGCCCUCCUGGAGAGGGUGGACGCUCUACACAACGGCACGGAUGGAGACAAGAGGGAGUGCCUCCGCACCAUGCUGGAUAAGAGGACAGAGUUUGGACAGAACACUACUUUCUUAUGGCGACUAGUUCGGGCCUAUGUGGAUGUCCACGACAUCACUACCAACCUAGAGCAGAAGAAGACCCAUGCAGAGACGGGGAAGAAAGUUGGAGAGGAAGCCGUGAAGAUGAACCCUAUGUGUGCCGAAAGUCAUCAGUGGUACGCCAUAAUGUGUGGAAUCAUGACAGAGUACGAGACUGUGCAGAACAGGAUAAAGAAUGGCUACAUCUUCAAAGAUCAUCUGGAUAAGGCCAUCGAGCUGAAACCACAGGAUCCUAUGUCUUACUACCUGCUGGGCCGCUGGUGCUAUGCUGUGGCUCAGCUGUCCUGGAUCGAGAGGAAAAUCGCUGCCACAUUGUUUGGAGAGCCUCCAAGUGCCACGGUCCAAGAUGCGCUGAAGAACUUCCUCAAGGUGGAGGAGAUCCGUCCCAAGUACUCCAAGUUAAACUAUGUGUUUUUAGCCAAGUGUUACAGAGACCUGGGGCAGAAAGGUCAGGCCAGGAAGAUGUGGGAUGCUGCUGCCUCCAUGGAAACCGUUUCCAAAGAGGAUGAGGAGGCACAGAAGGAGCUUGACUACCUUCUCCCUGCGCUAGGUGUUUAUUGAGGACGUUUCGAAAUGGUUACGUCCUCUCGCUAGGGAGAUACCCAGGAUCCUCUUCACUGGAAGCCACACUAUGAAUGGAAUCCAAAUCAAUGUCUUCUUUGAUUACUGAUGGGACAGUACCUUCAAUGGGGGCUUCAACAUUUUUGAAAUACCGGACUCUUGCUAAUACUCUCUGGGAUUGGAGAUGACUGGAUCGGCUGUGCACGCUAGGGAUCAGUGUUCUGGAGAACAAGUUUAUCACAGACACAGCUUGAUGUCUUGUAAAAGCAGAUAUCAAAAUUCUUUGAGAUCUGUUUACUAAAGAGAUUGUAGUAAAAGGGACAGUUUUGACCUAUCAGCAAGCAGUUACACCCAGAAUCCAAUUUCAUUGGCUGUUCCUAUCUUUGAUGUAUAUGUCAAUCAAUGGUGUUCAAUGGGAUGUAGAUUAUCUCCCAUCUCACCUUGAAACAAUCUGCAGUCGAGUGUGGAGGACCAGGCAAUACUGUAGCUAGAAAAUAUUUUAAUAAUUAUACUCAGCCUGUUGGUUUCAGAAAUGAAUAUGGUCCUCUGUUAACUGCAUACGUAUCAAUAAUUAUUCUUGAUUCGUUUUUUUAUUACACUGAAAUAGCCUAGCCUAAGAACUGCUUUAAAAGAAAAAUGUUGAUGCCUGUUCUUUCUGUUUUAACCCAUCUACCAAUAAGUGCAUUGGAAAACAUCACUGGUCUUUGUGGUUGAAUCUGUUUGAAAGUCACUGCUCGACUGAGGGACCUUGUAGAUAAUUGUAUGUGUGGGGUACAGAGAUCAGGUAGUCAAUUCAAGACAUCAUGUUAAACACUAUUAUUGACCACAGUGAGUCUCAUGUGACUUGUUAAGCACAUUUUUACUCCUGAACUUAUUUAGCCUUGGCAUAACAAAGGGGUUGAAUAGUUAUUGACUCAAAAGAUUUCAGCUUUUCAUUUUUAAUUUUUUAAUAGAAAAUGAUUAAAAAAGGCUAUAACAUGAUACAGUGGGAAAAUUCAAGGGGUUUAACUACUUUCUGAAGGCACUAUAACUAUAUGUUACCCUAUUUCCUAUAAAGUACACUACAUUUGACCAGGGCCAUAGUCCACUAAAUAGGGAAUAGGGGCUCUGGUCAGAUGUAGUGCACUAAAUAGGGAAUAGGGGCUCUGGUCAGAUGUAGUGCACUAAAUAGGGAAUAGGGGCUCUGGUCAGAUGUAGUGCACUAAAUAGGGAAUAGGGUCUCUGGUCUGAUGUAGUGCACUAAAUAGGGAAUAGGGGCUCUGGUCAGAUGUAGUGCACUAAAUAGGGAAUAGGGGCUCUGGUCUGAUGUAGUGCACUAAAUAGGGAAUAAGGUGCCAUUUCAGAUGCAGACUUGGACAUUUUUGAAGUAUUCUUUGACCUGCAAUGAGUGGACCACUAGUGUAGCUCUGCUGGUUGGCAGGUUUUGUGUUCCUGUCACUGUUAUACAUAGACUGAGAUGAUGGUCCCAUCGGAUAAGAUGAAGGACUUGAUAGGGGAAGAAACACGACUCCUAGGGAGAAUCUCAAUUUCAUACUCGUCGCGUCCUCUCUCCUUUUCUCCUUCUCAAUUGGAGGAGGUCAGAGGGAAGGGACCUCUGGCUUUCUCAUCCAAUGGGUUUUGAACAUGAGGCGAGGAAAAAGGACUCGAGGAGUAUGAAAUUGAGAUUCCACCAUAGGAGUCAAGUUUCCUUCCCUAUCAAGUCUUCUGGAAACCAUUAACUGGUGCAUACUUUAUCUGAGAGGUGAAAUACAAGAAUGAUAUCAUUUAUUUUGCCUCAGAUUUGUCUACGUUCCAGUAAUAUGAAUGUAUGCUUUUGUUUUAUCUAGGGUUGUACACAUUGUACCCACUGGGCACACACUGGUUGAAUGAAUGUUGUUUCCACGUCAUUUAAAUGAAAUUACGUUGAACCAACUUGGAAUAGAUGUUGAAUUGAUGUCUAUGCCCAGUGGGCAGUGAAGUAAAUUUUAAGCAAAAGUCCCGAUGGGGUGUGGUAUAUGGCCAAUAUACCACGGCUAAGGACUGUUCUUACGCACAACGCAAUGCGGAUUUCCUGGAUACAGCCCAUUAGCCGUGGUAUAUUGGCCAUAUACCACAAACCCUGAGGUGCCUUAUUGCUAUUAUAAACUGGUUACCAAAAUCAUUUGAGCAGUAAAAAGACAUGUUUUGUCAUACCCGUGGUAUAUGGUCUGAUAUACCACGGCUGUCAGCCAAUCAGCAUUCAGGGCUCUAACCACCCAGUUUAUAAUAUCCUGUAAAUUAAAUACAGUACAUAAAAUAUUAUAUAGACACUACUCGAGCCAUGUAUUUAGAAAUGAAAAUGCAUGGCUCUGGAAACUACUAUUCUAUAGACACUACUGAUCAAUGUUAUUUGAGUGUGCCAUUUUUCAAUAAAUACGUGAAAUCAUG